CAGUCACUGAGAUUCUCUCAGAGGUGGAAAAAUAUACGACCAUUAUUAAAACAUCAUGGGCAUUAAAUUCUGGGAGGUAAUAAAGCCGUUCUGUGCGGUGAUACCAGAGAUCCAGAGACCUGAGAGAAAGAUCCAGUUCAGAGAAAGGGUGCUAUGGACGGCAAUUGCUCUCGUCAUGUUUCUUGAAUUUUCCCAGAUUCCCCUCUAUGGAAUAAAGUCGUCAGACUCUGCAGAUCCAUUCUGCUGGAUCAGAGUCAUUCUGGGUUCAAAUAGAGGUACUCUGAUGGACCUGGGUUUCUCACCUAUUGUCACCUCAGGCCUGAUAAUGCAGCUGCUGGCUGGAGCUAAGAUCAUUGAAGUUGGAGACACUGCAAAGGAUAUAGCGCUCUUUAUUGGAGCUGAGAAAUUGUUUGUGAUGAUCAUCACCAUCGUCCAGGCCAUUGUUUUUGUGAUGACUGGCAUGUAUGGAGAUCCAUCAGAGAUGGGUGCAGGGAUCUGUUUGCUCAUCAUCAUUCAGCUGUUUGUAGCCGGUCUGAUUGUGCUGCUCCUGGAUGAAUCACUACAAAAUGGCUAUGGUUUCGGGUCAGGAUUCUCCCUGUUCAUUGCCACCAACAUCUGUGAGACCAUCGUCUGGAACGCCUUCAGUCCCACCACUGUGGAUACAGGAAACGGAAAUUGCAGUGUUUCAGACACAGAAUAUGAGGGAGCUGUCAUUGCUUUUUUUCACCUGCUUGCCACAAGGCUUGACAAACUGGAUGCUCUCAAUGAGGCCUUCUUCAGGCAGAACCUCCCCAACCUCAUGAACCUCAUCGCUACAGUGUUCGUCUUUGCUGUAGUUAUAUACUUUCAGGGAUUCAGAGUGGAUCUGCCCAUCAAAUCUGCUCGCUACCAUGGCCAAUAUAACACAUACCCCAUCAAGCUUUUCUACACCUCCAACAUUCCCAUCAUCCUGCAUUAUGCUUUGGUCUCCAACCUGUAUGUUAUCUCCCAGAUGCUUUCCUCAUUCUUCAGUGGAAAUUUCCUGGUUGAUCUGCUUGGAAUGUGGUCUGUAAGAACACAGAACACAACAUCAAGUUCUCCAGCCCGUGUUCAUCCUGUUGGAGGACUUUGCUACUACCUCUAUCCACCAGAGUCUUUUUAUUCAGUUCAUGCUCUAAUUUACAUCUUUUUCAUGCUCGGCUCUUGUGCCUUUUUCUCCAAAACUUGGAUUGAAGUUUCAGGCUCUUCUGCCAAAGAUGUAAAACAAAUGGAGUAG